UGAAAGGACGAUUUAUAGCUAUUCGUUACUUUUUGUUUCUCAAUGUUUUUUUUUUUGUUUAUGAAUGUUUUGUGAGUGGACAAAUAUAAAUUAAUCCAUUAAAAGUGUUUUUUAUGAAACUUAAUUUGUGUACGUGAGAUUAAAAACUGGAAAGGUUUGACUAAUAGUUCAAACGUUUCGAUGUCAAUAAACUUGUCGUUGAUAUUUUAUGGGAAAGGUGUGCCGCGUCGCUAAAUACCUGUUUGCGGCAGGGUGCACGAGUUCGGGAGGCGGUUGGCGCUUAGCUGCCAUGUUAUAGAUGCGAGCUAAAAAAAUGACGAUUUGGCCGAUACCAGUACCACACGUAUCGCUUUUUUCCGCAUGGAAAUGUACUGUCUUCCACUGGGCCACGAUAAGACUGAACGAUGCCUUCACACCUAACGGGAGAUGAUCAAUUAAAUAUUUUUCUACGUAUUUAUGGACUUAAGUGAGGUGCUUUAGUGUUGUGAAUUUUGUAAUGUUGAAACAAUGAACGCGAUGACUAGUGAAGGAGAAGCAGUGAAAGUGGAAGGCGGACAUAUUUCUGUGACCACUAUCAGUAUGCCGGGACCAGAUACGACGAGCGGCCAGUUCUCAUACAGUUCGAGCGGUGUGCGCAUCAGCGUCUCUUCAAUGCCUCAUGAUGAAGACUCGACCGAUGCCGAGAUCUCUAAAAUUGACUUUACACAACGUCAGUACGAGGUGAACAUGAGAAAUAAAAAGAAGCGAUCCUCUAUGAGUGGCGAGGAACAGGAGAGGCCGAUGUCGUGGGAGGGGGAGCUGUCCGACCACGAGAUGGUGAUAGACACGGGCGUAAACAACGAUGAAAACAGCAAUUCCAUCGACCUGCAGUCGUCUCGGGACUCGUUAGACACGCUUCGCAACGUCACAAUAAAGUCUGAGAACGUUAAGACAGAGCCGUUUCAGAGCCUCGAUGACGAGAGAGUUCUGGACUUGAAGUAUGCCCCUCUGCAGCCUCAUCAGAGGAGUCUCAGUAUGAAUCGAAUAUCAGUACUGACGGACAACAGCCUCUCACUCGCUCGUCGCCCGUCUUCGCCCACGAGUAGCGCGAAAUCCCUGGCCCUGUCCGACCAUUACGAGCAGAUGCCGAUGCAGAACUCCAUCACCGAAGUUCAGAACUUGACUAUCAAAAAGGAGACGCAGCUGUCGGAAUUAAAAUGCGAAUCCCUCGGCAUGGGAGCUCACGGGUCACCGCUCAUGGGGAGGCUUCCGCGGGUACAGUCCAGCGCCAGUACCGAUUCGGCGGUUCAUUCCAUGUACACGCACAGCGUCUACAGCAGCCCCUCGGCCAGUCCCCGCCCCUCGCGCCUCUACACGCCCUCUCUCUCGCGGAACAACAGCGACGCUUCGCACUCCUCCUGCUACUCCUACAGCUCGGAGUUCUCGCCCACGCAUUCACCGGUGCAGAGUCGCCACCCUCACCUUCUAUAUCACGAAACGGCCGUGUACCCGGCGUCACCCGCCCACGACGACGACUCGGAGCAGACCGAUGACAGACUUCAUCAUCAUCAGGGAAUCAGCAGGCAGCAGCUUAUAAAUAGCCCCUGCCCCAUCUGCGGGGACAAGAUCAGCGGGUUCCACUACGGCAUAUUCUCGUGCGAGUCCUGCAAGGGCUUCUUCAAGCGCACCGUGCAGAACCGCAAGAACUACAUGUGCCUCCGAGGGGGCAACUGCCCCGUGACCGUGGCCACGAGGAAGAAGUGCCCGGCCUGCCGCUUCGACAAGUGCCUCGGAUGUGGGAUGAAGCUGGAAGCGAUCCGAGAAGACCGCACCCGAGGCGGACGUUCCACGUACCAGUGUUCGUACUCUUUGUCCGGCGCCUCGUCCACUGGCUCGUUGCUCUCUGCGCACGCGCCUACCACCAUGCGACACGCCUCCAGCCUGAGCUCGGUUUCAGGCCCAGGGUCGUACAGCAGUCGAGGUGAAUCCAGCAACAGCCGACUCACGCCUGACAUUCCGCCAUUAUUGCAAGAAAUAAUGGACGUGGAGCAUCUCUGGCAAUACAACGAGUCGGAGCUGAACAGACUCGGCAAGUCGACGGGCAGUCCUUCGGCGAACCCCCUGCUGGCCGCGAGCGGGAUCACGGCGCAGAACUCCAGCGCCGAUUUCCUCGCGGAUCUGUGCAACAUCGCCGACCACAGGUUGUACAAGAUCGUCAAAUGGUGCAAGAGUCUGCCGCUCUUCAAAAACAUCUCGAUCGACGACCAGAUCUGCCUACUCAUAAACAGCUGGUGCGAGCUGCUGGUGCUGUCGUGCUGCUACCGCGGCGUGAGCACUCCCGGCGAAGUGCGCGUCGGAGGCGGAAGGGGCAUCACCCUGCAGCAGAGUGCCAAAUACGGUCUCACACCGUGUAUAGAACGGAUGCUGAGUUUCACGGACCAUCUACGACGGCUUCGGGUGGACAGAUACGAAUAUGUCGCUCUCAAGGUCAUCGUUCUGCUCACUUCAGAUGCGCCCGAGUUGCGUGAAGCGGAGUGCGUGCGCGCAUCGCAGGAGAAGGCGCUGGCCGCCCUCCAGGCCUACACGGCCACGCACUCGCCCGACACUCCCGCCAAGUUCGGGGAGCUCCUUCUGCGCAUACCCGAGCUGCAGAGGACGUGUCAGUUUUUCAUGCAAGUCGGUAAGGAAAUGCUGAACCCGACAAAUAAGAAGGACGGCGAAGCCCCGAGCUUUAAUCUCCUGAUGGAGCUGCUCAGAGGUGAUCAUUGAUCGGGACCACUCCAGAACAUUCUAUGGCAGCAUCUAGAAGACUUAUUCCUAGGAAUUUUGCUCAAGUAAGAAUAAGUAAUGAAUGCUUAAACGCGUAGAGCGAGAAGAACGUGUCGUUAUUCUAGCCUUAAUCAUGAGACUGCAAAGCUUACUUCGGUGCCAAUUUUUAUGAUUUAUGCGUAAAAUAUCUUGAGAGGCAUUAAAUUUUGUUUUUUGUUAUAGAAACCUGUUUUUAAAUGUUUCACCUUCGAUUAACAAUUCUUUAUGUAUGUUAAUAGAAUACGGUUCUUUAAUCUAAAACUGUCACAACGCUGAUAGGUAUUUUGUUUUAUUAUUAUUUUAUAUCAUUAAACAUCGAAAUCCAUUUUGAAUUAAACCAAUAAAGAGUCAAAUAUACCGAUAAAGUUCUGACAAUUACGAGUGUUUUAAAAAAUGUCUCUCGCUUUUGCUACAAACGGUUAGCAAACAUUUUAGCAUCUUCUAAAUGUAUAUACGCACGCUCACCAUCGAAAAAAGAUGCAUUUAUUUUUAUCUAUGCUCUCGAGAUAAUACUCUACUAUCUAUAGUAACUAUUUUGUAUCUGUAUUACGUUAAAGUACACUGCCAAACGCUUUUAUACGAAAUGAAUAGUAUUAAGGCGACGGGAUCAAAUAUUUUGUAAGCUUCUGCUGAUUUUUAUCGCCGUACAGUUUGUAUCACGAUUAUUAUCCUGUAAAAUACGGCUUGCAAUAUAUGUAUGUGUAAUAUAUUUUAUAUAGUAGGCCUAUGGCGCAAAGGAAAUGUAUGCUAUAAAUAUACCCUGUAGCGUGUCUGAAUUUAGAUCCUUACUAGCCUUAUUAUGGCCUUUUAUGAAUAAUCUGGUUGUAUACUCCGCUUCUGAUUAACUAAAUUUACGAUCUUGCCAUUGCUCAGCUCUCUGGUGUCUUGUGUAUUGAAAGGCUUAUUUGAUAAUAUGAAGUCACAAUGACAAAGAAUAGUUAAAAUCUAAUUUGGCAACUAAAGUGAGUGACAGCUCUUAGCUAUAGUCUUUUAUUGAAAAUGGCGCCAAAACCGCUUUGUAUUGCCAUUGUUAAUUACUUAAAUGUUAUUGUUAAUAAGGUAGUGGUACGUUUCGAAGGUAUGACCUUCGCUCUUUGUUGUAUUAUUUAUAAUAUUAUAGUUAUAUUUACAUUGUUCUGCAACGAUAAUUCCAUAAAUAUUCCACGACAGAUUAUAGUAAAUUAUUUUUAGAUUAUUAUUAUUUAUCUGUGCAAUAGAUAUUUAUCUCUGGAACACGACUAUAGAUCGGGCGACAUUAAGCAAGAUGUUGAUGUAAUAUAUUUGACGUUUUGUUAAAUGACAUUGGAUUUGUUUUGGUAAUAACGCAAAUAAUAUUUAACAAUGGUCGAUUAGUUUUAUCUUAUCGAUAUUGAUAAUCAUAAUUAUGACGCAGCUGCGGCUGCAAUGCUAUAGAAAGCUGUAAAGUUUCGUAGUUUAAUUGAAAAUAAUCAACCAGUGCACACUGCCAAUUUAAAUAAACGAUGCUUGCUUUGAGCACAGCGUUCGUAUCGAUGCAAUUUAUUGUAUAUUUCUUGCACAUAUUACGCCUAAAGUAGUAGUAGUAAUAAUGUAGAUUAUUUUUGUAGCAUGGACCCAUAGAUUAUAUCAGAUUUUUAUUCAGCAAUACAGUUUUUUUUUAUAUUUAUUUUAAUAUUGUUAAUUCUGAAUUAAAUGUACGAAGUAGGCCGAGCAAUGUUGUCUUUCAUACGUUAGGAUUGAAACCUUGCUUUCAACCGUAUUCCAAACGGUGAAUCGAGUCUAAAUUUUAUAUUUUUUAACUAAACCACAUCUUAAAAUUCGAGUUGGAAUGAUUUAGUAUAAGUUAAAGGCACAAGUACUUUUUAUUUAUGUAAAUGAGCUCAUUUAGGUUAAGUUUAAAUCAAUGUGCCACGACGAUGUUAUUUACUUUGAGAUUGUUUUCGCAUUGAAGCCAACAGAUGUCCCUAAUGUAAAGUGGAGACUUGGGACGACUUUCUGCAAUUCAUCACACGACGUCAGCAAAAAUAUAUUUUUCUGAAGUUGGAAUUGUAUCACUUAGCCUGUGAUUUUGUUUGACGGCUACGUAAUUUAGUGUGAAACAUUACCGCGUGUGUAGUAUUUUUAGUAUGCAAGAAUUGCAGAAUGGUUUUGCCCGUCUCUUUUGUAAUUGUCAUUGUAAUAUUGAACUGAUAUUCUAAGUAGCCGUAUUUUUGAAAGUGUGAAAGAGAUGACGUUGUGUGACAGAAUCCGUAUAAUUUUUAUAUUAAAAAUUAGAAGGAAUGUGAGUCUGGUAUAGCGUCCAAUAUUUUGUAAUUACAUUUGUUAUAUUCUAGAAGUAUUAUAUUGAUAUUCUGUAUUUUCUAGAG